CUUAUUGAGAAUACACAAGACAUGCACAAGAAAUGUUUCUGUUGUUUUCUAUCUGAAGAAGAGCAAAGCAAAGCAAGGAAUAAAGGAGAAAAGAAUAAGAAUAAGGAUUAUCCAUGGGAAAUCUACACAUCGAAGGAGCUGCUUGGUGCAACAAACAAUUUUCACCAAGAUCACAAGAUCGGAGAAGGUGGAUUUGGAAGUGUUUAUUGGGGUCGAACAAGUAAAGGCGUCGAGAUUGCAGUGAAGCGGUUGAAAACGAUGACUGCAAAAACCGAGAUGGAGUUCGCAGUUGAAGUGGAAGUACUUGGAAGGGUUAGGCAUAAGAAUCUGUUGGGUUUGAGGGGUUUCUACGCUGGAGGAGAUGAAAGGUUAAUUGUUUAUGAUUUCAUGCCUAAUCAAAGCUUGCUCACACAUUUGCACGGUCACCUUUCUUCUAAUUGUCUCUUAGAUUGGCCUAAAAGAAUCAACAUAGCGAUUGGUGCAGCUGAAGGUUUAGCGUAUUUGCACCAUGAGGCAAAUCCUCACAUCAUACACAGAGACAUAAAAGCAAGCAAUGUUCUGUUAGACCUUGAAUUCCAAGCCAAGGUAGCUGAUUUCGGUUUCGCAAAGCUCAGACCAGAGGGUGUUUACUUAUUAUCUUCACACGAAAAAGAAUUAGCUUACAUAACUUAG